AUGGGUGUUUCAUAUGAAGUUGACAAUGAUAAUAGUAAUAGCGAUGAUGAUCAACAACCAGAAAAUAGUAAACAUCCAUUUAAUCAUAAAAUUGAAAUUUUUAUUCCUGAUUUUAAUGAUUUUAAUGAUUUUAAUGAUAAAUCAAAAGAAAUUAAAGAAAUAUUUUUAGGAAAAUUGAAAGAAGAAAAAGAAGAAUGGUUUUAUUAUAAAGUUGAUGAUUUGAAAUUGUCUUAUUUCUUGGAAAAAAAUUUUAUUGAUAAUUAUUUGAAAAAAGGAAGUCUUGUUGCUUUAAGUGUGUGUGAAGAAGGUAUUGAUAUAACAAAUGUUGUUGCAAUUGAUGGAACAGGAAAUUUAAUAUUAAAUUUAACUAAAGAUAAAUAUGAAGAACUUGGAUUAUCAGGGAAAAAAUCAAAAUUUAAAAAUAUUCAAAAAUUUGAAAAAUCAAUGAUUCCAGGAAAAAAAGGUUAUGAACGUAUAAAAUGGUGUUUUAAUAAUACUUUAAAUGAUAAUUUUACUUUUAUAAUAUUUUUUAUUGAUUCAGUGACAAAUGAAACAAAAGAAAUUGAGUUUCCAGAUUAUUCUAAUCAUAAUAAAAUUUAUUUAAAUAAGAAAUUUAAAAAGCUUAAAAAUAUUAUGAAUCCAGAUUUUAACAAUAUUAUUAAAGAAAUAGAUAAUGAAAAAAAUAAUUCAAAUUCAAAAAAUGAAAUUCUAAAUGAGAACCUAAUGGAAUUUUAUGAUUGGAUUGGAAUGUCCACUAUUGAAUCUUCUAGAAUAAAUUUAGAUGAUAAUAAAACCAUUGAUCCUUAUAUCUCUAUUAAUAAACCACCAGAACCUCAUGAAAUAAUUGAUGAGAUGUUAAUGUUUAAUUGGAGUGGAUUUAUUCCACCUAAAAUGAUUUUGAAUUUAUUUAAUUACAUUUGGUAA